AUGCCUGCUCUCGUCGCAUCCCACCCUUCGUUCGCCGCGUCCGUGCUGCCGCUCGUGAAGCAGGUCCAGGACGGGCUGCUCGACCACGCGACGUCCAACGUGCCGGUGCUCACGCAGCUCUCGCAAUACUACCUCCUCAUGCCGUGCAAGCUCUGGAGACCGAGCCUGACGCUGCUCAUGUGCCAGGCGACGAACGGGCUCGGCUCCAACUGGCAAACGGUCAAGGCCCAGGCCGCGGCCACCCCAUCAGAACUCAACGACGACGUGCACAACAUCCUCCCCACGCAGGUCCGCCUCGCGCAGAUAAUCGAGAUCCUGCACGUCGCCAGCCUGCUGCACGACGACGUGAUCGACAACGCGGACACCCGCCGCGGGCACCCCUCCCUCCCGGCCGUGUCCGGGAACCGGCGCGCGAUCCUCGCGGGCGACUUCCUCGUCGGGCGCACCAUCGUGCUCGCCUCCGCGCUCGGCUCGCCCGAGGUCACGCUCCUGCUCGCGCAGCUCAUCUGCACGCUCGUCGAGGGCGAGCUGCUGCAGUCCGGCGACCUCGACCCCGCGCGGGCGCGCGCGGUGCUCGGCGCGAUCGCGAUCCCGCCCGCGCCGGGGGCGCCGGCGCGGCUGCUCGAGGCGGACGCGGAGGCGGCGGCGAUGUGGGAGACGUACCUGAAGAAGAGCUACAUGAAGACGUCGAGCAUCUUCGAGGUCGCGCUCGAGUGCGGCGCGGUGCUCGGCGGCGCGGCGCCGCACGACGCCGUGCGCGCGGUCGUCCGCCUCUUCGGGGCGUGCUUGGGGAUGGCUUCGCAGCUUAUGAACGACGUCGCCGAGUUCGAGCAACCACGCUCCUCCGCGCCCACACCCACACCCGCACCCGCUUCCCCCUCUGACCAGCCCGACGCCGAGCUCAAGCCUGCGCCCGCGGCCCCCGCGAUGAACGACGACCUCGAGAACGGGCUCGUCACCGGCCCCGUCUUCUUCGCGCUCGACGAAGACCCGAGCCUCCGCCCGCUCGUCCUCCGCCGCUUCUCUGAGCCCGGUGAUGCCGCGCAGGUGGCCGCGGCGGUACAGCGGACGCACGCGGUGGCGCGCACGCGCGCGUUCGCGAAGGCGUACGUCGACCGCGCGCGCGAAACGCUCGCGGAGCUCCCGGCGAGCACCGCGCGCGCGGCGCUCGAGGACAUGGCCGCCGGCUUCCUCUUCCCCAAGGCGGGCAAGUCAUGA